AUGGCUAGAAAGAAUAAGACUCCAGCAUCCGAGCCGCAGUGUAGGACUACUUUUAGUUUCCCAACAUCAAUUCAAUCACAUCAAUCGGAAAAGGUGGGUUUCUACAAGACUUGCUUCACAAGUGUUAUCCCAGGGCAGAUUUUCACAAUAUCUAACUUUUGGAGCCAAGAGCAAUGUCAGGAUUUGAUCUCCAACAUACAGGAAAGUCUUAGUCUCGAAACCACACCCAUCAUCAAGUCCAAGCUUUACGCGUCUCGGGUCAAUGACCGCGCUUGCAUCAGGGAUCCCGAAAACGCAGGACUGAUAUAUGAUCACUUCCAAAAAAUACAGAAAUUUCAAGUUGAGCUGGGUGCCGUGGACGAAUGGAUAGUGCAAGAAUUGGAAUCUUCAAAAGCCUUCAAUCCUAAUAUAAGGUUUUACAGGUACUCCAAAGGCCAAUACUUUGGCAAGCACUAUGAUGAGUCUGUCAAGAUCGGAGACCAAAUAUCAAAAUGGACAGUUCUAAUCUAUCUCAGCGACAAGGGUCUGAAAGGAGGCGAAACAAUAUUUUAUGAUGAGCAAGGAAAUAGAAGCGGAAGUCAGAUAAGCGUAAAGCCACAGCAAGGUAUGGCUUUGUUCCAUAAGCAUGGAGACGAUUGUUUACUCCAUGAAGCUGCUACAGUACGAGAUGGAGAAAAGUGGGUUUUUAGAACGGAUGUCAUGUAUUUACAGAAGUAG